UGUCUAAGUAGACAGUUGCGGAUUCUGCCGCGUUCAACGUACGUUUUACUAACAACCUUGUCUACGACUCAAUCAAGAACGAUAUAUUCCGUGACGUCACAGCCUCAAGUCCAAGCAGAAGCCCGGAUAAUCAGCAGGUGUCUGUACGAGAUGGCGUUUACAAACGAAUACGGUCCUCUGGUGGCCGCUAUUGAUCAAGGAACUACGUCAACACGCUUUAUGCUUUUUUCAUGCACAACUGGCAAAGCAAUCGAAGAGGCAACACACCAGAUAACUUUCUCUCCAACUUCCCCUCAACAAGGGUGGAGUCAGGUGGAUGCUGUCAGGUUGUUGGAAACGACGAAGAAUUGUAUUGACGGAUCGGUUGAGAAAUGUGGCAAACUUGGAAUUGACGUCAGUCAAAUUAAAGCUAUUGGAAUCACAAAUCAACGAGAAACAACUGUCGUAUGGGACAAGGUGACUGGCAAGCCACUAUACGAUGCUAUAGUGUGGCUAGAUGUUCGCACAACGGCUAUCGCUCAGUCUCUCAUCCAGUCAGCUGCUGACUGUAAUAAAGAUGCUCUUAGGCACUUGUGUGGGCUGCCUAUUCAUCCUUACUUCAGUGCUCUUAAGCUAAAGUGGCUGCUGGAUCAUUGUCAGGAUGUACAACGAGCUGUGGAGGAAAGUCGUUGCAUGUUUGGAACAGUCGACUCGUGGCUAAUUUGGAACCUUACUGGAGGUGUUAAUGGUGGCAUUCAUGUGACUGAUGUUACUAAUGCUAGUCGGACAAUGCUGAUGAAUAUUCAAACACUGAAAUGGGAUGACGAUUUGAAGGCGUUUUUCAACAUUCCACGUGGUGUCUCAUUGCCAGAAAUUAGAAGUUCGUCUGAAGUUUAUGGCCAAGUGAGUGAUGGCCACUUGAAAGGACUGCCAAUUUCAAGUUGUCUUGGAGAUCAGUCGGCUGCUCUGUUUGGCCACAGUUACUUCACACAGUCAAGACGAGGAGACGCCAAAAACACGUAUGGAACGGGUUGCUUUCUGUUGUGCAACACAGGUGAUGAGAUUGUUCUCUCCCGUCAUGGCCUUCUCACCACAGUAGGAUUCCAGAUCGGUCCGUCAUCUCCUGUACAAUAUGCUCUUGAGGGAUCUGUUGCUAUUGCUGGAGAAUUGGUGCGUUGGCUGAGAGAUAAUUUGGGGAUGAUAGAUGAGUCUGCAGAUAUUGAGAAAUUGGCUGGUGAGGUGGACAGCAGUGGAAAUGUCUAUUUUGUUCCUGCUUUCUCUGGUCUGUUUGCACCAUACUGGCAGCCUGAUGCAAGAGGAUUGAUUAUCGGACUAACUCGUUUCACCAAUAAAAACCACAUUGCAAGAGCUGCCCUUGAAGCCGUUUGCUUCCAAACAAAAGAGAUUCUCGAGGCAAUGAAUAAUGACUCAGGAAUUCCCCUCACUUCACUACUUGUUGAUGGUGGAAUGACAAUUAACGACCUACUAAUGCAGCUGCAAGCCGACUUACUAGGGAUUGAUGUUGUCCGUCCUCCGAUGGCAGAGAUGACUGCUCUUGGUGUUGCCAUGGCAGCUGGCUUGGCUGAAGGGGUUGAUGCUUGGUGUGUGAGAAAAGCGGAGGAGGCAGAUACAAACAAAACGUGUAUAUUUCAUCCUCAGAUAUCGUCUGAUGAGUGCGAUUUACGCUAUGCAAGGUGGAAGAUGGCUGUUCAGAGAUCAAUGCAUUGGGACAUAGGAGAUGAAAACAAAGAGACCAAGAGAGACUCCACACGGUCAACUUUCCGAAUCGAGCCUCGUCAUGCAGCUGCUGUCUUUGCCGCCUCCUCGGCUGCUCUAUUGCUAUUGGCUCUUAUUAAACACUUAUAAACAGCUUCAUAGAGUUGAAAUACAGAAAACUAUUGCAGCAUUUUCUUACAAAGUAUUUAACAGAAUUUUCACAUAGAUAUCUUGAUAAUAAAAUCACAAAGACAAACAGCUGCUGACCAUCAAGCU